CAGAAGCAGCAACUUCUUUUCAGGACAUUGAGCGCAAGGUCAUGGACAACCAUAACAGCAGCUUGGACAGUGUCAUAUCUGGAGACGCGGUCAUGUCACCAGAGGACUUGGUCGGUGUGUGUGUGCGUGUGCUGGUGUGUUUGGUGGGGCUGGUUGGGAACCUGCUGGUCCUUUUUCUGUUGCCACGACAACUGAAGGGUAAGAAGGACAGCUUCACAUUACGUCUGAUGCUGAAUCUGGCCGUGUGUGAUGUGCUGUGUAUGCUCACGCUGCCUUUCUGGAUGUUGGGGAUGUACUACGGCUGGGACGCACUCGGCCUGCCCGCCUGCCAAGCCAUCUGCUACGUUGCAUACGUCUGCCUCAGUGCCAGCACUCUAGCCGUAUCACUUAUGAGUAUACACAGGUAUGUGCAGGUCCUGUACCGGCCGCAGUGGGAGCGUCUGGGUGGCCGGGGGGAGGGGCUUCUGCUGGCUAGCAUCUGGUUGGCCAGCUGCCUCUCCGCCAUCCCCUCCGUCAGUCUCUACGCCCUUCUCGACGACACCCCUGCCAACAGCAGCCAGACAUUGAUGGUGUGUGAGAAGGCCCCUGUUUCAGAGGGCCAGAAGGUGGGGGUGUUGCUCUAUGAGACUCUGAUCGGUUUCGUGUUUCCUCUCAUCACUCUGGUCACCGCAUACUUCAGACUGCAACACAAGGUGAGCCAGAAGACGCGGACGGUGGUAGAAGCUUGUGGCACAUCGACGCAAGACGCGGCGCGCAGCCUUCGGUUCCUGGUGACGGCCAUCGUGGCUACCUUCUUCCUGGUCUACCUGCCGUACCACGUGGUGAACGUCAUGACCAUCUUCACCCCCUUGUCCCACAACCCACAGAAGACCUUCACACGCCUCUCCAGCGACCUCCAGGCGACCCUCACACCCCCACUGCCCUACCGCAGUGCCAGGACUAUAGUGGAGUCUGUGGGGUUCCUCAACAGCUGCAUUAACCCUUUCCUCUACGCCUUCGCCUACGUCCGGCUGCGCAACAGGAAACGCUCCCCCAGCCCGGCCCCCACCGCGGGAAUCACCAGGAAGGACAACAGCAACACCAAUGAGGCGACAGCUUAGACAGCAUCAGAGGGGUAUCAUGAGAACUCCAGGCUCUUCUAUUAGAUGAUUUGCCUCUUAACUCCUCAACCAGCUUCUUAGUAUGGGCCCCUGGAGACAUCUUAGACCAGGCAGGAGCAACACAGCUAAGGAUACAUAUUCCAAUCUCCAGGAGAGACAGGAGCAGCAUCUAAUAGGAGAAAGAUAGAGAGAGAGAGAGAGAGAGAGAGAGAGAGAGAGAGGGAGAGAGAGAGGGAGAGAGAGGAGUGACAAUGAAGAGUCCCCAGGAGACAGAGCAGCACAAAUUAGAUGGUCUGUAUUUAUUAUGUAUUUAUUUACAUAGUAACUAUAUGUUUAGCUAUUUAUUGAGUGUAUUUGUUGUACUGUAUAUGUUUUUUUUAUUGUAGACCUAUAUGUUUUUAUGCCAUUCAUUCUGCUGUGCUGUAAAUCAAAUUGCCUUUUAAAGGAUAUUAAAGCUUUUCAAGUCAAGUCAAGUCAAGUCAAGACCAGAGUCACCAUGGGGAGAGAGAGGGCCUCUUAGACCAGUCACCUAUGGACAGAGGGCAUUUUAGACCAGUCACCAGAGAGAGAGGGCGAUCUUAGACGAGAGAGAGAGAGAGAGAGAGAGAGAGAGAGAGAGAGAGAGAGGAGCAACACUGAUGAGGAGACAGCUUAGACAAGAGCCACCAGACAGGAGAGAGAUCAGCAUACCUCGGACCAGACAGGCCUCCACGACAGAAAAGAGGAAUACGGGUGAUGAGGCAUCUUAGGACAGCCAGCCAGACCACCAGGAAAGACAGGAGCAACACUGAUGCGGAUACUGUAUAUUUUAGAGCAGACUUGGCGCCAAGAGAGAGACCAGCAUAUACAGCAGUAUUAGAUUACACUGGGUGUGGAGAGAGACCAGAAUAUCUUAGAUGGAACAGGGUGCCAAGAGAGAGUAGCCUAUGACCAGACUGGCCACCAAGAGAGAGGACGAGAGAGAGCAGCUUAUGACCAGACUGGUCACUAGAUAGAGAGAGAGAGAGAGAGAGAGAGAGAGAGAGAGAGAGAGAGAGAGAGAGAGAGAGAGAGAGAGAGAGAGAGAGCAGCCUAUCUUAGGCCAGACAGGCUGCCAAUGGCCACCUUUCACCAUGAGCGACAGGAGCAAAACUGACAAGGACAAAUAACAAACAGAAACGGACAAGGACAAAUACUUUGCUGCUCAUUUAAUGUGUAUUUUGUACACUGAACCUUUAAAACUGACGCUGGUCUUUUUCUAAAACUGAGAUUUUCAUUUUAAGGUUUAAUUUAAAAACAUAAUCAUAUAACUUAUCAUUUUAUUUGAAUGAGUUGUGUAGUUUUGGUUAUUGUGUGCAUUUGUAAAUGAAGAAAUGCGUAGAAGUCCUAGACUGUUCACAAGCUGUGAAUUACCAUCAAAGAAUAAAAACA